AUGCCUUUCGGCAUCUUUCCAAUCCUCAUAAGCCCGAAGCAAAAGAAAGCAAGAUGGUCACUAAAAUUGCAUGCAGAAAAUUGGGCCUCUGCAGAAUCAGCAAGCUGCAAGAAGAGAAGAAGAGAUUACAGAAAGGGUUUACCUGGAAUACACUCUAGCCCUUUAGUCGCUCUACUGAGAUCUUUCAAGAUGUACACUGCAUUGCAAAAGAUUCACAAGGACAAGGAUGCUGAGCCCACCGAGUUUGAGGAGACUGUUGCUCAGGCUCUGUUCGACUUGGAAAGCACAAAUCAGGAGAUCAAGAGCGACUUAAAAGAUCUCUACAUCAACUCUGCCAUGCAAAUUGAUGUUUCUGGAAACAAGAAGGCCGUAGUGAUCCAUGUUCCUUAUCGCCUUAGGAAAGCUUUCCGCAAGAUUCAUCCUAGGCUAGUAAGAGAGCUCGAGAAGAAGUUCAGUGGAAAGGAAGUUGUUCUUAUUGCUACCCGAAGGAUAUUGCGGCCACCAAAGAAGGGUUCUGCCGUUCAGAGGCCUCGUACCCGUACCCUUACAGCUGUCCAUGAGGCUAUGCUUGAGGAUAUAGUUUAUCCCGCUGAAAUUGUUGGGAAGCGUGUCAGAUACAGACUUGAUGGAUCAAAGAUAAUGAGGGUUUUCUUGGAUCCCAAAGCGAAGAACGACACUGAAACUAAGCUGGAGACUUUUGCUGGAGUAUACAGAAAGCUUUCGGGGAGAGAUGUUGUCUUCGAUUUUCCAAUCACCGAGGCCUGA